CGGCUAGUCGGCGACUUCGACAUCACUGUUGAUUUGGGGGAGUCGGAACCCGGCGCAAGGCGCCCCCUUACUCACAUAAGAGAAGGGGGUUUGUGACGAGCCUGUCACGCGCUGGGGACGGGCGGUUCAGGAUUCCCGUGGCACUCUGUGGGCGCAUAGACUGCCAACUUGUGCCUUCUGCUUUCGAGAACGAGAUCAUGACUGCUUUUCUCCGCCGACACUUGCUUGGAAAUUAGUUAUAUACGCAGUACCUCCCACCGCCCCGGUAUCACCCAGCUCUGACGCUCACGCGCUAUGUUAGAGGCCACCGACUUCACACUCCCUGGACAUGAAGCAGACGGCGGCUUGACUGUUGCGCUCAUGCGAUACAGACCUGCAACGAAUUUGAAUUCACACGCAGUCAAGGAACGAUUGUCGCUCAUCUUUGCGCAUGGAGUAUCAAACCACAAAGAAUCGUGGAAGCCAACGAUAGAGCAGAUCUUUCGUUUGCAGGCGGCUGCCCCUGAUGGUGUCUUCCGUGUCUUAGAGGCAUGGUGCAUAGAUUCCCCAAAUCAUGGACGUGCUGCCGUGAUCAACGAGCAGCGCCUGCAAACUCGUCCGCCUGGGAUGUCUGCAUAUGAAUGGGGUCGCGCAGUUCAAGUUCUGCUGAAGGCGGGUCUGAUUGCCGGCAACGCCGUGAUUGGCAUUGGUCACUCAGCGGGCACAUGUGUCAUCAUCUUAUCGGCAGCUACGUUCCCCGAAUCGCAACUUCCGUAUCGCUCCAUGAUCCUGAUUGAACCGCCCAUGAUGAACAAGGAGACCAUCAAACAUGUUAUGCAACCCAAUUCAUCUAUCGUCCUCGCCACCAAAUUCGCGAGCAAGCGCAAGGACGUAUGGCCAUCUCGUACAGCUGCUCGUGAAUGGCUCGCAAAGCGCAUGCCGUGGAAUCGCUGGGAACCGGAGGCUCUGGACCUCUAUGUCGAAUACGCUCUCAGGGACUUGCCUACAGCGAAGUACCCUGACAUUACAGAAGGCGUGACGCUCUCGUGUACCCGCGAACAGGAAUACGCGGGCUAUAUCUACCAUCAAGACGGGCUAGACAGUCUCGAGAAGCUAGGUCCGCUUUCCCAAAUGAUACCCGUGCAUUGCAUAUUUUCGGGCACGUCGGUGAUGGUCUCCGAUGAGAUGCAGCAAGUGAUUCUGAAUGAAAAAGAGGGCCGAAAAAUGGCUACAAUCAAGAAGAUUCCCGGGGCUGGACAUGCGAUUCCACAGGAAGACCCUAAAGGUCUCGCGUCGGCCAUCUGGGCAGCACUGCGUCAUGAUUACGAACCGAGGAGUCGACUUUAACGUCAUGUAUAGCUUCAUCGGCCUGAAUGUUCAAUGAUGAAUGAAAAUAUGCC